UCUAUUGAAAAUCGCUCGCGUUAUCCCCUUCUCCAGCCCGCGAGCGAUACUGAAAACAUGGCGGGCCUAGCCGGAUCGCCAUGGCUUCGAAUUAGGGUUUUGCCCGAGCUUCAGCCAUUCUCCAUCAGGCGAUGUUUACUAUUCAAUCCCAGCCUCUCCCUUUUCCGUAGGAAUAUCUCCAUGUUGGCCUCCGCUGCCGCCGGGCCUAUCAAUGGCGAGGUUCGAGUCAGAUUUGCGCCGUCUCCCACCGGAAAUCUACACGUCGGGGGAGCGAGAACCGCCCUUUUUAACUACCUAUUCGCAAGGUCUAAUGGUGGGAAAUUUAUUCUUCGAAUUGAAGACACGGACUUGGAAAGAUCUACAAAAGAAUCAGAGGAAGCAAUGCUAAAUGAUCUUAUGUGGCUUGGUCUUGAUUGGGAUGAAGGUCCUGGAGUUGGUGGAGAGUAUGGCCCCUACCGUCAAUCAGAACGAACUUCACUUUAUAAGCAAUAUGCGGAGAAUUUGUUGAACUCUGGUCAUGUCUACAGAUGUUUUUGCUCUAAUGAGGAAUUAGAGAAAAUGAAGGAACGUGCACAGCAAUUGCUGUUGCCACCAGUAUAUACAGGGAAAUGGGCGACUGCUUCAGAUAGAGAAAUUCAGGAAGAGCUGGGAAAGAUGACACCUUACACAUACCGGUUUCGUGUACCGAAGGAAGGGAUCUUGAAAAUUAAUGACCUUAUUCGUGGUGAAGUGAGCUGGAGCCUAGAUACGCUUGGUGAUUUCGUGAUUUUGAGAAGUAAUGGUCAACCUGUUUAUAAUUUUUGUGUCACGGUUGAUGAUGCCACUAUGCGUGUAUCACAUGUUAUAAGAGCUGAGGAACAUCUUCCAAAUACUUUACGGCAAGCUCUUAUUUACCAGGCACUAGGAUUCACCAUGCCUUCAUUUGCACAUGUUUCAUUAAUUCUUGCCCCAGAUAGAAGUAAACUUUCAAAGCGACAUGGUGCAACUUCAGUGGGACAGUUUAGGGUGAUGGGCUAUUUACCUAAAGCAAUGGUUAACUAUCUAGCACUUCUAGGCUGGGGUGAUGGAACAGACAAUGAAUUUUUUACCAUGGAUCAGCUAGUUGAAAAGUUUUCCAUCAGUCGUGUUAAUAAGAGUGGAGCAGUGUUUGAUUCUACAAAGUUAAGAUGGAUGAAUGGUCAGCACUUAAGAGCUCUUCCAUCUGAAGAGCUGAGUCAGAUUUUGGGGGAAAGAUGGAAGAGCAUGGGCUUGCUCGUAGAUUCAGGAGGCAUGUUCGUGAAGGAAGCAACUGAACUGUUAAAGGAUGGAAUUGAUUUGGUUACAGAUGCUGAUGCAGUUCUUUCGAACUUACUGUCUUAUCCACUGGAAUCUACUUUAGCAAGUGCAGAAUGCAAACCCGUUGUUGAAGACAAGUUGUUUGAUUUGGCAACAAGCUUGCUUUCUGCUUAUGACAGCGGUGAGCUGCUUGAAGCCCUCAAGGCUGGUCCCAUAGGCUGGCAAAACUGGGUAAAAAAUUUUGGCAAGCAAUUGAAACGCAAGGGAAAGUCUCUCUUCAUGCCUCUUCGAUUAUUGCUUACAGGAAAACUUCAUGGUCCUGAAAUGGGUGGCAGUAUUAUUCUAAUAUAUAAAGCUGGGAUUUGUGGUGUAAUCAGUCCACAAGCAAGUUUUAAAACAUUAGAUGAAAGGUUCAAAAUGCUGAGGGAAAUCGCCUGGGAAGCAUAUAACGUUGAGAAACAAUCCGGUGCAGAUUCUGUUGCCACUCUAUCUCAUUAAUCAGUGAACAGUUUUUGGUUGAGAGCUUGUAAUAGACCAGGCUGAAUCAUUUGUACUCUUUUAGAUUGAAUGAAAAAUGAUUGGAAUUAAAUGAUACAAAACUGUUUUGUUGCGCCAAAAUAUGCGCAGAUCUAUGUUGAUAUUUGUUUUGAUCAGAAAAGAAUUUAUACGGCCGGUCCCAGUAAAGA